AUGGCCAACCAGGAGAAAUGUUUAAAAUGUUCAACUAAUAAGAGAAAGGAUAUGAAAGAGAAAGACAAACGAAUUAAAUGUUACCAGUGCGAUAUUACCAUUCCCACAGUUUGCGCGAAUUUACCAGAUGAAAUUUGUGAUAUUUUGGAAACAAAUAACAAUUUACGUUGGUUUUGCGAUAAGUGCUCGAGCUUGGGACCGAGUUUGAAGAAAUUAACUGACUCUGUCGAGUCAUAUAAAAAUGCGGUGACAACAAAAUUCAAUGAACUGAAUGAACUAAAUCGGGAAAUAAAAUCUGCAAUUGAAAACAUCAAUUCAUCGGUUAGCGCCAGUGAAGAGAAUUCAAUCAACCUGACAUUCUACGUGGUGAAUUAA